UGCCCGAGCCGCGGGAUGGAGCCGGCCGCCGUGCUGCCCCCCGGCCCGCGCCCGGCGCUGUCCCUCGGGGGCCCCGGCCCGCUGGGCGAGUUCCUGCCGCCCCCCGAGUGCCCGGUCUUCGAGCCCAGCUGGGAGGAGUUCGCGGACCCCUUCGCUUUCAUCCACAAGAUCCGGCCCAUCGCCGAGCAGACCGGGAUCUGCAAGGUGCGGCCGCCGCCGGAUUGGCAGCCACCAUUUGCAUGCGAUGUUGAUAAGCUUCAUUUCACCCCACGUAUCCAGAGGCUGAAUGAAUUGGAGGCUCAAACUCGUGUAAAAUUGAAUUUCUUGGACCAGAUUGCUAAGUAUUGGGAGUUACAGGGAAGUACUCUGAAAAUCCCACACGUGGAGAGGAAGAUCUUAGACUUGUUUCAGCUUAAUAAGUUAGUUGCAGAAGAAGGUGGAUUUGCAGUGGUUUGCAAGGAUAGGAAAUGGACCAAAAUUGCCACCAAGAUGGGGUUUGCUCCUGGCAAAGCUGUGGGCUCACACAUCAGAGGGCAUUAUGAGCGAAUACUCAAUCCCUACAACUUAUUCCUGUCCGGAGACAGUUUGAGGUGUCUGCAGAAGCCAAACCUGACCGCAGACACAAAGGACAAGGAGUACAAACCCCAUGAUAUUCCCCAGAGGCAGUCUGUGCAGCCCUUGGAAACAUGCCCCCCAGCCCGAAGAGCAAAACGCAUGCGAGCAGAGGCCAUGAAUAUUAAAAUUGAACCAGAAGAGACACCAGAAGCCAGAACUCAUAAUCUGAGACGUCGAAUGGGUUGUCCAACUUCAAAAUGUGAAAAUGAGAGGGAAAUGAAGAGCAACGUCAAGCAAGAACCUGUUGAGAAGAAAGAGUAUUUUGUAGAAAGUGAGAAGGAAAAGCCCAAGAGUCGAUCUAAAAAAACCACCAGUGCUGUGGAUCUUUAUGUCUGCCUUCUCUGCGGCAGCGGCAGUGAUGAGGAUCGGCUUCUCUUGUGUGAUGGCUGUGAUGACAGUUACCACACCUUUUGCUUGAUUCCGCCUCUCCAUGAUGUUCCCAAGGGAGACUGGAGGUGUCCUAAGUGUUUGGCUCAGGAGUGUAAUAAACCACAAGAAGCUUUUGGCUUUGAACAAGCAGCCAGAGACUAUACCCUCCGUACUUUUGGGGAAAUGGCAGAUGCGUUUAAAUCUGAUUAUUUCAACAUGCCAGUCCAUAUGGUUCCCACAGAGUUGGUUGAGAAAGAAUUUUGGCGACUGGUAAGCACUAUUGAAGAGGAUGUCACAGUGGAAUAUGGAGCUGAUAUCGCCUCAAAGGAAUUUGGCAGUGGCUUUCCUGUGCGAGAUGGGAAACUCAAACUUUCACCAGAGGAAGAGGAAUAUCUUGAUAGUGGCUGGAAUUUGAACAAUAUGCCGGUGAUGGAACAGUCUGUCCUUGCUCACAUUACUGCUGAUAUUUGUGGCAUGAAACUUCCUUGGUUGUAUGUGGGAAUGUGCUUUUCUUCAUUCUGCUGGCAUAUUGAAGAUCACUGGAGCUAUUCAAUUAACUAUCUGCACUGGGGUGAGCCAAAAACCUGGUAUGGAGUCCCAGGGUAUGCUGCCGAGCAGUUAGAAAAUGUCAUGAAGAAACUGGCUCCAGAGCUCUUUGUAUCCCAGCCGGAUCUCCUCCAUCAGCUUGUGACCAUCAUGAACCCCAAUACCCUGAUGACUCAUGAAGUGCCUGUUUACCGAACUAAUCAAUGUGCUGGGGAAUUUGUGAUUACAUUUCCAAGAGCCUACCACAGUGGUUUUAACCAAGGUUUUAAUUUUGCUGAGGCUGUUAACUUCUGCACUGUUGAUUGGCUGCCGUUAGGCCGACAAUGUGUGGAGCAUUACCGCUUGCUUCACCGUUACUGUGUGUUUUCCCACGAUGAGAUGAUUUGUAAGAUGGCUUCCAAGGCUGAUGUGUUAGAUGUUGUCGUGGCUUCAACUGUGCAGAAAGACAUGGCCAUUAUGAUUGAGGACGAGAAAGCUUUAAGGGAAACUGUCCGUAAAUUGGGAGUAAUUGAUUCAGAAAGAAUGGAUUUUGAGCUAUUACCAGACGAUGAGCGUCAGUGUAUAAAAUGCAAAACUACCUGCUUCAUGUCCGCCAUCUCCUGUUCUUGUAAACCUGGCCUGCUUGUCUGCCUGCACCAUGUAAAGGAGUUGUGUUCCUGUCCCCCUUAUAAAUAUAAGCUGCGCUAUAGGUACACUCUGGAUGAUCUCUACCCCAUGAUGAAUGCAUUGAAGCUUCGAGCAGAAUCUUACAAUGAAUGGGCCUUGAAUGUGAAUGAGGCUUUGGAGGCAAAGAUCAACAAGAAGAAAAGUCUUCUCAGCUUUAAGGCUUUAAUUGAAGAGUCUGAAAUGAAGAAAUUCCCAGACAAUGAUCUUCUGCGCCACCUGCGGUUGGUCACGCAGGACGCAGAGAAGUGUGCCUCUGUUGCACAGCAGUUGCUUAACGGCAAAAGGCAAACUAGGUACCGAUCUGGUGGGGGGAAAUCCCAAAAUCAGUUGACAGUGAAUGAGCUCCGACAGUUUGUGACACAGUUGUAUGCUCUUCCGUGUGUCCUCAGUCAAACACCAUUGCUAAAGGAUCUCUUGAAUCGUGUAGAGGACUUCCAACAGCAUAGCCAGAAACUGCUCUCUGAGGAAAUGCCUAGUGCCGCCGAGCUGCAGGACUUGUUAGACGUCAGCUUUGAAUUUGAUGUUGAACUUCCACAGCUUGCAGAGAUGCGUAUCCGCCUGGAGCAGGCCCAUUGGCUGGAGGAGGUGCAACAAGCUUGCCUAGACCCCAACUCCCUCACUUUGGAUGAUAUGAGACGCCUCAUAGACCUAGGGGUAGGGCUGGCUCCAUAUUCAGCAGUGGAGAGAGCUAUGGCCCGGCUGCAAGAACUGCUGACAGUGUCGGAGCACUGGGAUGACAAAGCCAAGAGUCUCCUCAAGGCCAGACCACGGCAUUCAUUGAGCAGCCUUGCUGCAGCAGUAAAGGAGAUUGAGGAGAUCCCCGCCUAUCUGCCCAACGGUGUGGCUCUGAAAGACUCAGUGCAAAGAGCCAGAGACUGGCUUCAGGACGUAGAAGCCCUGCAGGCUGGAGGACGUGUGCCAGUGUUAGACACACUCAUAGAACUUGUUACACGAGGCCGGUCUAUCCCAGUACAUCUGAAUUCUUUACCAAGACUGGAAUCACUAGUAGCUGAGGUUCAGGCUUGGAAAGAAUGUGCUGCUAAUACAUUCUUGACUGAGAAUUCACCAUAUUCUCUCCUAGAGGUGUUGUGUCCUCGAUGUGAUAUUGGCCCUUUGGGGUUGAAGAGGAAGCAGAGAAAGCUAAAGGAGCCCCUGCCAAGUGGGAAGAAAAGAAGCAGCAAAUUAGAGAGUCUGAGUGACCUGGAGAGAGCUUUAACUGAGAGCAAAGAGACUGCUUCAGCUAUGGCAACGCUUGGGGAAGCUCGUCUAAGGGAAAUGGAAGCCUUGCAGUCUCUCAGACUAGCCAAUGAAGGGAAAUUGCUGUCACCUGUCCAAGAUGUGGAGAUGAAAGUCUGCCUGUGUCAGAAGGCCCCAGCUGCCCCUAUGAUUCAAUGUGAACUCUGCAGGGAUGCUUUCCACACCAGCUGUGUGGCAGUACCCUAUAUUUCACAAGGCCCCCAAGUUUGGCUUUGUCCCCAUUGUCGGAGGUCAGAGAAACCGCCACUAGAGAAAAUUCUGCCCCUGUUGGCCUCCCUGCAGCGUAUCCGAGUUCGCCUUCCUGAGGGAGAUGCACUUCGAUAUAUGAUUGAAAGAACCGUGAACUGGCAACACAGAGCCCAGCAACUGCUUUCGUCAGGGAGCCUAAAAUUUGUGCAAGAUCGAGUGGGGUCGGGACUGUUGUAUAGCAGAUGGCAAGCCUCAGCAGGUCAGAUGUCAGAAACAAGCAAGGUAUCUCAACCUAUUGGCACAACAUCCUUUUCCUUGCCUGAAGACUGGGACAACAGAACCUCGUAUUUACACUCCCCGUUCUCGACUGGACGAAGUUGCAUCCCCCUCCAUGGCAUUAGUCCAGAAGUGAAUGAUCUGUUGAUGGAGGCCCAGUUGCUCCAGGUAUCUCUUCCUGAAAUUCAGGAACUUUACCAGACUUUACUUGCAAAGCCAAGCCCUGCUCAGCAGACUGACCGAAGCUCACCAGUCAGACCCAGCAGUGAAAAGAAUGACUGCUGCCGAGGGAAGCGAGAUGGAAUCAAUAGUCUUGAGAGAAAAUUGAAGAGACGCCUGGAAAGAGAGGACCUGUCCAGUGAGCGGUGGGAUCGAUUUAAAAAAAUGCGGACCCCCAAAAAGAAGAAAAUCAAACUGAGCCACCCCAAGGACAUGAACAGUUUCAAGUUAGAGAGAGAGCGUAGCUGUGAGUUAGCCCGUUCUGCCGAGACUCAUUCUCUGCCCUCAGACACAUCCUAUUCCGAACAAGAGGACUCUGAGGAUGAAGAUGCCAUCUGCCCAGCUGUGAGCUGCCUGCAGCCAGAAGGAGAUGAGGUGGACUGGGUCCAGUGUGAUGGCAGCUGCAAUCAGUGGUUUCAUCAGGUCUGUGUUGGUGUUUCUCCAGAGAUGGCAGAGAAGGAAGACUACAUCUGUGUGCGCUGUACUGUGAAGGACGCACCAAGCCGAAAGUAAAAAAAUCACAAAAACAAACCCCCUUUUCCUUAAUGUAAUUCAGGACUCCAACCAAGAAGACUCCUUCAAUUUCUCAGCAAAGCUACAGGACUGGUAUUCAAACCAGCCUGUUAACGGUGCUAUUUCUAUUCCUUACGGGAUCAUUUUUCCAGAACUCUUUGAAAAAAAGAAAAAAAACUAAAAAAAUUUUUGACACUUUUUGUAUUUUUUUUCCUUAAGAGCUGUUUGUGGUUGUUGAGGUUGAAAUGCGACUGUUUUUUGCAGGGGUUUCCACCAAUCUGGAAGGCAUCGAAGCUUGCACCUUUUCAUGUACAGCAUUAAAAUCUUACCUCUGUCUGGGAUUUACCUGCUUCAGAGUCCACCUCGGUUUCAGUGUCCAGAAGGGCACCAGAAAUUCUAGUAAAUCCUCAUUGGAGGAAUCUCCCUCUUGUUUACUCUGUUACCACAUUGGGAAACUUGCGUUUUUCACUUUUGGGGUUUUUCUUUGUUUCUUUCUUUAUCCACUGCCCCCUGCCCUGAUAGACUAGGUUUAUUUAUCUGAGCAAUAACUUCUGUGUCUGGUUUCAGUGGCUGGAAUUAAAAUGAAACAAAAGAAACUUCAGAACAGCGUGCUGGUGCUUUAGCAUUUGGUCGAUGUACAGAACGCAAAUGUCUAGUUUCUAGUGUCACUGAUGAAAUAGUGAUGUAGAAAAGAGACUGCUCUGUAAGUAAUCGCCACAGCUGUAUUUUGGCUUUCUCCCUGGCCCUCUUCCUCCCUCCUUUCCUACUAUUUUUUUGGUAGCUUAUAUCAAAUGUUGCAGUUUAUAUUGUGGAAUAAAUCCUUGGUCAUAAUAUAACAUUAAAUGUUGGUUAUUUAGAGCCAUCAGACUACAGCUGCUUCUGCCCCUCUACCUUUUGGGCUUCUCAGAGCCAGAGGGGUUUGCUUGCUUUUGCCUCUGCCCAGCCAGGCUGCAGCAGCCAUCGAUGCUAGCCUGCAAGCGACAUUCGGAGAUCGUUCCGUUGUAGCCUGCCCUGUUUUAGUGGACCGUGGGCCUCCAGCCCCUGCUCAUAAUACCUCCUUCCCCGAGUCUUCAAGUAACAGAACCUGUCUUUCAAAGCCAUGUCGUUUUUAAAUAAGUUUUCUCAGAAUGUUGGCAAAUCACUGCAACCCUCACCUCAGUUCUCUCUCUUUGUGGAGAUACCUGUAUUGUAUUUGUGUUGACAGGGAAACUUGGUUUAGGGUUACCAUGUCAGAAGGAAUUCUAAGGGCGACUCAUUGUCACAGAGGGCGGGGAAAGAAUGAGCUGAGGAGAAGCUCAUGGACACUCAGGCUCUGCCUUCCUGACUUCCUUCCCUGUCUCUUUCUAACUCUCUGUGUUUACUGGGGUACACAGCCCGUAUAUAUUUUUUCCUUUUCUUUUUAAGGGACUGUGUUCUUCAGUGGAGGAGGCAUUCCUGUGAACAGAACAGAUUUUUGCUUAUUUUUCCCAUUCUGUUGCUAAUGUUUGUUUUCCCCACAUUCUAUAGCCAUAAGCCUGAAAUGGGUAGAACUAGUGGGUCUUUAAUAAAACAAAGCAAAACAAAACGAAAAAACCAGCCAUUUGUGAUGUAGCGGAGUUUUAAAUGUAUUAUCCCCUUUUAUGCAAUUCAAAUAAUUAAAUCUCUUUAAGAAUGA